CGCCCGCUCCCCCGGGACUGUGGGCGCCCCAUGCGCGCACCUACCCCCCUCCCUGCGCCUGCCGCUCCUCCCUCCUUUCUCGCUGGUUGGUCUGCGCGCCGCAAACCGCGGCAGCGGCAGGAGGAGCCAGGCGCGCCCGCCGCGCAUAUCCACAGAGCUGCAGGCGCGGCGCGGGAUCUCAGGUGGCGGCGGCGGCGGCGGCAGCGGCAGCAGCAGUAGCAGCAGCAGCAGCAGCAGCAGUGACAGCCGUGACUGCAGCCGCCAGCGCGCAUCGCUCCUCCGACGCGCCUGUAUCCCGCCUCCUCUACGCCCGGGAGCCGCCGGCGGUCCCCGGUCCCCCGACCCUGGCACGCACGGCCAAGCCCCGCACACAAUAGCGGCCGCCUCCACUGCGGCUCCAAGCCCGACCGCCCGCCAUGAAGAAGCCGGCGAGGAAAGGAUGCGACUACAAGCGCUUCCUGAGGAAUAACUGGCUGCUGCUCUCCACUGUCGCCGCGGUGGUGCUAGGAAUUGCCUUGGGAGUCUUGGUUCGAGAAUACAGCAAGCUCUCUAACCUGGACAAGUUCUACUUUGCUUUUCCUGGAGAAAUCUUAAUGAGGAUGCUGAAACUCAUCAUUUUGCCAUUAAUUGUAUCCAGCAUGAUUACAGGUGUUGCUGCACUGGAUUCCAGUGUAUCUGGAAAAAUUGGUCUGCGUGCUGUCGUAUAUUACUUCUGUACCACUCUCAUUGCUGUAAUUCUAGGUAUCGUGCUGGUUGUAAGCAUCAAGCCUGGUGCCACCCAGAAUGUGGAUGAAAUUGACAGAGCAGGCAGCAGUCCUGAAGUCAGCACAGUGGAUGCUAUGUUAGACCUGAUCAGGAAUAUGUUCCCUGAGAACCUUAUCCAAGCCUGUUUUCAACAGUAUAAAACCACGCGUGAAGAAGUGAACUCUUCUAGUGAGCCAGGGACGAAUGGGACAGAAGCAUCUGUCACAGUUAUCAUGACAACUGCUAUUUCCAAGAAUGAAACAAAGGAAUACAAAAUCGUAGGCACGUAUUCAGAUGGCAUAAAUGUCCUCGGCUUGAUUGUCUUUUGCCUUAUCUUUGGACUUGUCAUUGGAAAAAUGGGAGAAAAGGGACAGAUUCUGGUGGAUUUCUUCAAUGCUUUGAGCGACGCGACCAUGAAAAUCGUUCAGAUCAUUAUGUGUUACAUGCCAUUUGGUAUUUUGUUCCUGAUUGCCGGGAAGAUCAUAGAAGUUGAAGACUGGGACAUAUUCCGCAAGCUGGGCCUUUACAUGGCCACUGUCCUGACUGGGCUUGCAAUCCACUCCAUUAUAAUUCUCCCACUGAUAUAUUUCAUAGUCGUUCGCAAGAACCCUUUCCGAUUUGCCAUGGGAAUGGCCCAGGCUCUCCUGACGGCUCUCAUGAUCUCUUCCAGUUCAGCAACGCUGCCUGUCACUUUCCGCUGUGCAGAAGAAAAGAACCAAGUAGACAAAAGGAUCACUAGGUUUGUGUUACCCGUGGGUGCUACAAUCAACAUGGAUGGAACUGCACUCUACGAAGCGGUGGCGGCUGUGUUUAUUGCACAGUUGAAUGGCCUGGAGUUGGGCAUUGGGAAGAUCAUCACUAUCAGUGUUACAGCCACAGCUGCCAGCAUCGGAGCUGCCGGUGUGCCCCAGGCUGGCCUGGUGACCAUGGUGAUCGUGCUGAGUGCUGUGGGCCUGCCCACUGAGGAUGUCACCCUGAUCAUCGCUGUCGACUGGCUCCUAGACCGGUUCAGGACCAUGGUGAAUGUCCUCGGUGAUGCUUUUGGGACAGGCAUCGUGGAGAAGCUCUCUAAGAAGGAGCUGGAGCAGAUGAGUGUUUCGUCCGACGUCAACUUCGUGAACCCCUUUGCUGUGGAAUCUGCGACGCUCGAUAAUGAAGACUCAGACACCAAGAAGUCGUAUGUCAACGGAGGCUUUGCUGUAGACAAAUCUGACACCAUCUCAUUCACCCAGACCUCACAGUUCUAGAGCCCCUGGCUUCAGAUGACUGGGAAUAAUAAAGGACAUCUCUUAGCAAUUUCAAACAUUAAGGAAAAAGAAAAACACUAGUGGCCAGUUGUACAUUUGACCUGAUAUACAGACCUCCAGAUUAUUUUCUAUAUUUGGAUUCACAGCUUUCACUCUCCAGGUUCUAGGAUUUGGGGGUAGUGUAAGAUAAAAUGAAAUUGACUAAAAGGAAAGCUGUAUUAUCUGGAGUUUUAAAAUUUUAUGACAGAGUUGCUACUGUUGGAAUAGGUUAACAGAUGUGAAAGAGAAAUUACUUUCUCAUGCACAGACUGGUGUUAGGGUUUUUUUAAAAAUAUUCUGUCAUUGACUACAAAUUUUUACUCGGGCUUUCUAUUGGCAUGGAUUUCCUUUGAUGUCUCACGUUUUUAUGGAUUUUAAUGUAUCUAAACCAUCCCCCUCCUCUAGUUAAUGUGCCAAGUUGUCCAUUUUGAACUCAUCUCCAGCCAAUUUCAAAGAAACUGCUUUGAAAGAAAACAGACCAGCACAGUUCUGCAAUAACAGUUUUAAGAAAGACGUCAGGUUUAGGGGGAAGGGAGAAGGGUUCUCUUUUCAAUGUACUGUAUUGGGACACUGGUAACUAUAAAAUCAGUGUUCAGUAUAGAGCUAGAUAUAUAUAUGUAUAUAUUAUUUUCAUAUAAUUUGCCAGACAGAGAUCAGAAUUGAACUGUCAAUGUGAAAUAAAGAGCUUUCCUUAUACUUGAAUAAUAACUAUGAUUCCAAUCCAGAUCUACUUUGAGGCUUAUCAGAAUUCCUCUCUCAGGAGCACUAGAAUGAGAAAUGUUGUUCGAUUGUUUCAUGUCUGUGUAUCAGACCCAAAGCAGAGAUGUAUUAUGGUGAUGCUCUGAGGUGGCUUAGCCAUUCAUUACAACUUUCAGAUUCUACUGCUGGGAGGGAAUCCAUAUUGGCUCUUUAUAAGAUUACGUACAAAGGUGUCACUCACAUAAGGCUGGAUGUGUUUUUAUCCAACUGGAAGACUACAUUGUUCCAAGGUCAGUUAUGCCCACUUAAAAAUGACAGUACUGUGCCCUUUGUACCCAUCAGGGCCCAAACAACAGUGGCAAGCUACCAGCUAAGUUGUAUUUUAAUAGGGAUUUAAUGGAUUGAACAAGCCACAUUGACCAGAAAAACACUAUCCCUACCCUGGAUUCUUGCAGAGUAAAUCCCAGGACAGGAGACCAAUCGGUGGUUCAGGAAACUUCUUCCAUUGUAAGGCAGUUAUCUCCUCCAGGGAGGAUCAUUCUAAGUGACUAGUAGUCUAGUAAUCUUGGCUGUGCUCAUUAAAAUCCAUUGCUUGUCAUUCUAAUUUAUGAAGAUAGCUUAUUAAAGUCUGUGCUUUAGCUCACAUCUUGUAAAUAAUGCUUAACAUAAACUUGUAUUUACACUGAGAUCCAAAAUACUCGUGUUUCUGCAGUAUUGAGUAGCCAAUUUAAGCCUGUGCUUUUGUAUUUAAGAAACCAGAAAUUGUGCCAAAGAUCAUGGAAAAGUAAAUAAAUGCUCUGUAUCGACCGCCUGCAUUUGAAAUCUACAAAAGAAUGAUACUGAAUUGGCAUGUAAUUAUCAUAAAUCUGAACCAGUAAUUCAGUGUUUUUAAAAUCAAAUAGUAGUAUUGUUUAUAAGGAAAUAAAUAUGAAUAUAAAUGCAGUUGAGUCAGUAAUUUAUCUUAAGCUGAAUGGUUUUACCCCUUGGCAGGUUUCUCUGAUUUGAGGCACUAGAGUUGGCAGAGCUGUUCAUGAACUGCAGGCCAUCUUUGUUUUGGAGUCAGUUUGUAACCAGCCUCUUACACUGUGCUGUUAACUCAUCAAAGAGAACAGUGUUCCAUUUCAAUCUCAAUAAACAUUUCCAUCAUUCUUUCU